AUCCCAUUCAAUCCCAAUCCCAAUAACCCAUCCAAUCCUCCAAAAACCUCCUACAGAACAACCAAAAUGGAAGACCCAGGUCCGUCAUCCCACCCCACCCCAUCUAUACAACCCAACCCAACCCAAAACCACCACCCAACUAACAAAUACAUACUACAAUCGAACAAAACAGCCACCGAAAUCCCCACCAUAAUCCACCACCUGACCCAAUCCCCCCCAGAGGACCAACAACGCACAAUCCAAAAAUACUUCACUCCCAGCGCAGCCUUCACCCACCCCUUCUGCCGGGUGCCCCCAUACCCCGGUAGUCGGUGGCUAAUCGAGAAAAUCUACCAAUGGUAUAAGAUCAUGUCACCGCGGAUAGAGCUAGAGGUGCAUUCAGUGGCAUACGACAAACCCACCCAAAAACUGUACCUCCAAAUCUCCCAAAUCUUCUCUAUCUGGGCGAUACCCUUCCACCAGGCCCCCGUAUCCCUAACCACAGUUCUGGAUUUAACUACAGACCCGGCAGAUAAUCGGACGCCGACGAGUGGGCAGGGAAAACGGUAUUAUAUUAAACGGCAGGAGGAUUUUUAUCAGCCGGAGGAGUUUGUCAAGUUUGUGAUGCCGUGGGGGGCCGCGUGGGUGGUUUUUGUCUGGCAGGUGAUGGCGACGGUGGGGUGUGUGUUUGGGGUGGUGGUUUUUUGGCCGGUUUUGUGGUUGGAGGGGAGGGGGGUUGUGGGGGAUGCGAGGAGGGAUGUUAAUGGGGGUGAGAGUGGGAGGGGGGAGAGGAAGAAGAAGGGGGGUUGGAUUGGGUUGUGA